UAAGGCGCCUCACACUGUUUGAGUCCUCUUCACCCCCGUUUUUUCCUCUCUCUACGGGCCGAAACCCCAGAUCGAUACCUUGUCUCCGUUCCUUUUUAUGCCUCUAAACCAGCGGAGAUCGCCGCGAUAGACUUAUCUGCAUUGUAUUUCUAGCGACGAGAGUAGCUUCUCUCCUCUCCAUCGUUGCUGAAGGGUUUUUUUAGCUUGGAGAGAUGUCGGACGACGAAGCAAGGGAGGAGAAGGAGUUGGACCUCACUUCCCCUGACGUCGUUACCAAGUACAAGUGCGCUGCCGAGAUCCUCAACAAGGCUCUUCAGCUGGUUGUAUCGGAGUGUAAGCCGAAAGCCAACAUUGUAGACAUCUGUGAGAAGGGAGAUGCCUUCAUUAAAGAGCAAACUGGAAACGUAUAUAAAAACGUGAAGAAAAAGAUUGAGAAGGGUAUAGCAUUCCCGACAUGCAUCUCUGUGAACAACACUGUUUGCCAUUUUUCGCCACUCGGCGGUGAUGAGACUGUUUUGGAAGAAAACGAUGUAGUAAAAAUAGAUAUGGGUUGUCAUAUAGAUGGUUUUAUUGCUAUAGCGGCCCAUACACAUGUUCUUCGGGAUGGGCCGAUCACUGGGAGGGCAGCGGAUGUGAUUGCAGCCGCAAACACUGCGGCAGAGGUUGCUCUGAGGCUCGUGAGGCCUGGAAAGAAGAAUAAAGAUGUUGCAGAAGCUAUUCAGAAAGUAGCUUCUGCCUAUGAUUGCAAAGUUGUUGAAGGAGUGCUUAGUCACCAGCUUAAACAGUUCGUCAUUGAUGGAAACAAAGUUAUUCUUAGUAUAUCCAAUCCUGAGACCAGAGUUGAUGAUGCAGAGUUUGAGGAGAAUGAAGUCUAUGCAAUUGAUAUAGUCACUAGCACAGGUGAAGGGAAGCCAAAACUCUUAGAUGAGAAACAAACUACUAUCUAUAAAAGAGCUGUGGACAAAAGUUAUCACUUAAAAAUGAAAGCAUCGAGAUUUAUUUUUAGUGAAAUAAAUCAGAAGUUCCCAAUCUUGCCGUUUACUGCAAGAGCAUUGGACGAGAAGCGUGCUCGGCUGGGACUAGUAGAGUGUGUCAACCAUGAUCUCUUGCAGCCAUACCCUGUUCUGCAUGAGAAGCCAGGAGACCUUGUUGCUCAUAUUAAGUUCACAGUAUUGUUAAUGCCAAACGGGUCUGACAGGAUAACCUCCCAUCCAUUGCAAGAAUUGAAACCUACCAAGUCCAUUGAUGACAAUCCUGAGAUCAAGGCAUGGCUUGCUUUGGGCACAAAAACAAAGAAAAAAGGUGGAGGAAAGAAGAAGAAAGGUAAAAAAGCUGAAGCUAAAGAUGAUGCUGUAGAGGCAGAACCCAUGGAUGAAGCAUCAAAUGAUGCAGCUUCUCAAGGAUGAGAAAUUACGGUUUUGGUGUUUCCUUCAUUUGCUAUUAGAAUUUUCUAGGUGCCUUCCCUGUCAUCUCAAGAUUUUUCAUCGUAUUUGGAUACAAGAAUUCGGGAUGUUUUAAAUAUGAGAAAAGAUCACUGCAUUGAGGAAGUCGCCCAAGCUGCUGCAGGACCAUGGCAUGGUGGCGCAUUAAAUUCUUUAUAAUACGCUGAAUCUUUGAAUUCUUGUGGGAUGUGCUAGUUUAAAAACAAAAAAAAGGAGGUGCUAAUUCUCUAUUUUGUGUGGGAUGUUUCCUGGAUAUGUCUGGCUGAAUUCCUGUUGUAUGAUGAGCAAAAGAGAUUGUGGAGGCAAAGCUAUUUAAUUUUGAUGCUCAUUUUGAUGUUUA